AUGCCUCACAGAGCUCUACUCGGAAACUGGUUUGAGGAGGAGGCAUAUGAGCGAGACCGCCGGCGACUCAUGCAGGGUCGCUGUGGCGGGAUGGUCGAGGCCUCAGCCGAGGUGGCACAUACGAUGGCCAAAAUUCGGCAUCACAACACCCCGCACGCUAUUGCGCCCAUUGCGCCUGACGGGUACUUGCGCUUCUAUGCCCCUUUGAUGCUCCAAAACGCGCACACGUGCGGCUUUCUUAGCGUGGACCUCGAUGAUCGCAAGGCUACGACAACGGGGUGGCAGGUAGAAUGCUCGACCGCCCUGGCGGAGGAGGCGACAUCGCGGUGCACCGUAGUGCUCGUGCCCGCUGCGAUGCCGCAGACGGAUAGCUUCCCUAUUCCGGAAGACGAGGCAGAGAUAGUGCAUUAUGGCCAGCCGUUCUAUCUAAUGACCGUGCGCGAGCUCUGCGAGGACCCGCUGUUCCUGAUGUCGGAGUUCAUCACGCCGGGGUGCGCAUCGAGGGUGACUCAGAGGCUGCAGCACACGUACUUUUCUCCCGAUGGAGGCAGCGCGGCGGCCAUGUGGUGCGUUGAGGACGCGAACCCUGCCUACCAGGAGGACAUGCGUGACCGCCCUGUCAAGGCGAAUGAUGUCAUACGCAUUCGCCACAACAUGACGGCCGCUCCACUGGCGAGUCUGAAGGAGGUCUUCUACAACGAUUUUGGCGCUCAGUACGAGGUGGGUUGUGGACGUCUCACGGUACUCGCGACCAAGAGGCGAGGCGGUCCACCGGCAGCCGAAAACCUGUGGAUGUUCAUUCACGAUGGUCAAGGGCAUCCGAAAGAGUCUGGUGAGGAUACGUUGCGCGGUGCAACAUAUACGCCCAAGUCCUCUGCAGCACCAUGA